AUGAUUCUCAAUUCUUUCCGCUUCACUCUAUCAAGGCUUCCUCGUUUUACAGUUAUAACAACUACAGUAUCGCCUUACUUUAAAUCAUGUUCACUAACAAAAUUCGGACAAAAUUCAUGUUCACCAACAAAAUUCGGACAAUUUCCUCGUGCUUAUGCCGCAAAUUCACCAGGACAAUUUAAAACUUAUAAACCACGAACACCUGGUCUUAGAUGGCUUAAAAGACCGAUAAACGAUCACUUGUGGAAGGGCAAGCCUGUACGAAAACUUACUAUGGCCAAACGUGGAACUGGAGGUCGUAAUCAUCAUGGUCAUAUCACAACACGCCAUCGUGGUGGUGGUCAUAAACGUCGUAUCCGUAUUGUUGAUUUCCAUCGAUGGGAUGCAGGCUCACAUGAAGUUAUCCGCAUAGAAUAUGAUCCAAAUCGAUCCGCACAUCUCGCUUUACUCCAAAAUCAAGAGACAGGAAAAUUAACAUAUAUAAUUGCACCGCAUGAAUUAGAACCAGGAACAAUGGUUCAAUCGUUUCGUAGACCAACAGAAGAUCAAGUUAAAGAUAAUGAAGAUCCUUCUAUUACUCGUGUUGCAGCCAUAGAAAAGGGUAAUUGCUUACCCUUGAAAAUGAUUCCAGUGGGUACACUAGUUCAUUGUAUUGGAUUGAAGCCUAACGGGCCUGGAAUUCUUUGUCGUGCAGCAGGAUGUUCCGCUCAGGUAAUAAGAACAGGAGAAAAAGGAUAUGCACAGGUUCGUCUUUCUUCAGGAGAAGUUCGACUGAUACCCGUAGAUUGUUGUGCAACAGUUGGUACACUAUCAAACCCGGAUCAUCAGCAUAGAACGUUAGGGAAAGCUGGUAGAUCAAGGUGGUUGGGUAUCAGACCAACUGUUAGAGGUGUUGCAAUGAAUGCGUGUGAUCAUCCUCAUGGUGGUGGAAGAGGAAAAAGUAAAGGAAAUCGACAUCCAUGCAGCCCAACAGGUGUUUUGGCUAAAGGAGGAAAGACUAGAAAAAGACCAAAUAGAUGG